AUGGUAUCUAGUGCCAAGGGACUACGGGCAUCUUCUACUACCCUCCGCUCGCUUUUCUCCCCCAUUGACUACUCUUCGACUAAUUCUCUCCACCCUACCUUCCACCUUCGCAACUAUCACGCCCUCGACACCCACGAACUUACUUGCAAGUCGCUUAGACGCGCUUUCGGAACCGACAGACGCGUCUCGGAACGCUACUCGGACCACCGAAGACUGCGACGACAAUUUCGAGAGACCUUUGUCUGGCGCGUAAAGACAGGUCUUCGCCCUGACGCCUACGGAGGGGCCAUUGCCCCCGUCUCUUCUCUCAAAGUACCUCUAGAGAAGGUAUUCGGCGCGUUUGGAUCGUCGCGACACUUCCGAAGUUUGCGACGCGGUACAGCAAACACCAAGAAGGCUACAUGA